GUCUGUUCACGCACAAGCUGCGUCAUCCGACUGAAAGUCAUCAUGCGUUUUUUGGUCUUCCUCGCUCUUGUCUCAUACGCUGCGGCGGAUAUACCGGAGGGAUAUGGAGACCGUAUUGUCGGCGGUUAGGAGGCGGUCCCGGGUAGCUCCCCCUGGAUGGUGGCUCUGGGACUGAUGCGGGGGGAUGGGGACACCUUCUAUUACUCCUGUGGCGGAACUCUCCUCAACAGUCAAUGGGUUCUCACAGCCGCUCACUGCGAGUUCAACCGAAUGGUUGCAGUUGUUGGAGACCACGUCUUGGGUAUAGACGAGGGCACCGAACAGUAUCGUGAGGUUCAACAGUUGAUACCACACCCGAACCAAGGCGACAUCAUGCUGGUGAAGCUCAGCUCUCCUGUCACUUUUAAUUCCUGGGUCAGCCCGGCGUCCCUGUCGACAUCCAUGGUCUCCGCGGGGACCAGGGUCACGGUCACGGGCUGGGGACUCACUGCCAGUACAGGACAUACCUUGUCGGACAGGCUGCAAGAGGUAAGCGUGUACACCAUCUACCAGUCCGUCUGUAACGGUCCGGACGCUUACGACGGCUUGGUGUCUCCUAAGGAGUUCUGUGCCGGCUACAUGGAGGGCGGCAGGGACGCAUGCCAGGGGGACAGCGGCGGUCCCCUGGUGAAAUCUGGUGUACUGUACGGCGUGGUGAGCUGGGGCCGCGGCUGUGCCAUGCCAAACUACCCGGGGGUCUACAUCAAGGUGACCGAGUACACCGACUGGAUCAACAGCUACAUCAAUUAAAACAGCAGCUUCAACAUGAGACUAUGUGCUGAUCUGAACAUAGGCCAUGUUGAUUAAAUUCUAUGAAUGGCAUCCAGCGUUUCCAAGAAAAAGAGGAAAUAUUCUACCAUGUCGUAGAUGAAAGCAGCAGCAAAAUAAUCUAGCAAGCAGUUAAUUUCAAAGAAAUUUUGGAAAACAGAUACGAAUGUCGUAGAAUGCGAAAGCCAAUUCCAAAGUCAGAUAUUAAAGAAGAUGAGAAAGAAUUAAAAUGAAGACUCUAUCUUUCGGUAUUCUCAUGUGCUUAGUCAUUUAAGGCACUUAGGCAACUUUUUGGGCCAAACUUAGUUCCCAAAGGAUGUCAUCCAUAUCAGUCUAAUCAACAUGACCAAACUCCGUCUGCGUGAUAUUCCUACCAGGAAGUUUGCAGACUAUGAACUAGAACUAG